CCACAAUUCUCUUUCUCUCACCUCCUCAACUCUCAGCUCUUCUCAGGCAUUGGAAACAUGCACCCCAACAGCACCAACCCAUCUGAAUUCUCUCGUUUUUAUCCCGAACCCAAGGUUCCAAACCCUGAAGAAAUCAGCCAUAAGAAGACUGAGCCGGAACCAUUAACGGGCUCGACCGCCUCGGGAGCUCAGACCCAGUCUGCUAAAAAGAAAGGGGAAAAGAAGGUGAAAAGACCAAGGUAUGCUUUUCAAACAAGGAGCCAGGUUGAUAUAUUGGAUGAUGGUUAUCGUUGGAGAAAAUAUGGGCAAAAAGCAGUGAAGAAUAACAAAUUCCCAAGGAGCUACUAUCGAUGCACCCAUGUUUCAUGCAAUGUGAAGAAACAAGUUCAACGCCUGUCAAAGGAUGAAGGGAUCGUAGUGACAACAUAUGAAGGGAUUCACACCCACCCCAUUGAAAAACCAACAGACAACUUCGAUCAUAUUUUGAGUCAAAUGCAAAUUUACACAAACUUUUAGGUUGCCAUGUUGAAUGGUUAAAAACCAAUGUAAAGACUCACAUCUUCGAUCAGUAUUCUAGCAGAUAUUAGUUAAAAUCUAGAAUUCAAACCUUCGGUUCUUCAAAUAAAAAGAUGUAUGCUUAUCAUAUGGUUGAAUAUUAAAAGUUUUAUUCAUUCACAUAGAUCAUUCUAUUCUAUGCA